AUGGUUUGUCUUGCGACAUACUUGCUGGUCAGCAGCGCCUUCACUGCUGUCUCGGCCUACAUCCAAUAUUCAACCGUCCCAGGCUACUUCCUGCAAGACGACAAUUCGACCAACGCUACUACAUUUGACUACACUGCGACCAACUUCGGCCUCGUCAACCAGAGCUAUCCAACCGAUCCCUCGGAUGCCGCUUCCUUGACCCAGUGGCAACGAUUUGCCCUGGUCAUUGCGAAUCUGACCAAAUCGGCUCCCGCCAAUGUGCAAUACAAGCUGCUGUUCAUGGGCCGCCACGGAGAAGGCUGGCACAAUGCCGCCGAGUCCUUCUACGGCACUCCCGCGUGGAACUGCUACUGGUCUCUCCUCGACGGCAAUGCCACCGCGACAUGGUCCGACGCUCACUUGACGGACAAUGGAGUUUCUCAGGCCCUUGUAGCCAACAGGUUUUGGCGAUCUCGUAUCCAGGAGCAGAAGAUCCCAACUCCGCAAAAGUACUAUGUAUCUCCUUUGUACCGAUGUCUCUCGACAGCAAAUCUGACCUUCUCGGGCCUCCCAUUACCACCAAACGAACCGUUCAUCCCGACCAUCAAAGCUCUGCUCCGGGAGUCCAUCUCCGAACACACCUGUGACCGCCGCUCCAACAAGACAUAUAUCCACUCCCAGUUCCCCACGUACAAGUUCGAACCUGGCUUUCCAGAGACCGACCAACUCUGGACGGGCGUCACCGCCGAGACCAAUUCGGCCCAAGACGCACGGUCAAAGACAUUGCUGGACAGCAUCUUCUCGACGGACAAGUCGACAUACCUGUCGUUCACUUCCCACUCCGGAGAAAUCGGCUCGAUUCUGCGAGUUCUCGGACAUCGGACCUUUUCUCUCAACACGGGCGCCGUGAUCCCCGUGCUGGUCAAAGCCGAGACCAUCGCUGGAGUCAGCACGAUUUCCACCCAGGCUUGGACGCCGAGUCCACAUUGCACGGUGCCACCUCUCACCAGCGUCAGCAGCGGCGCGAACGGAGGCUGUGUCUGUCCAAACAGUGCCGUGCCAGUAACGACGACGUUGCCUCCAUUCGCGGUCAGCACUUGA